AUGGGCGUGGCCGAGCUCCUCCUGCUGCUGCUGCUGGGGCAGCGGCCUCGGGGUGAUGGCCACGUCGAGGCCGGGGAGGUGGAGGGGGAGGAGGAGGACCCUGCCGCCUCACGGCUCGGCGUCACGGUGGUGCGGCUCCAGUACGCCACGAUGCAGGUGGUGGAGACCGAGUCCGGCAGGGCGCGCGUGGAGCUCGAGCUGGAGCGCGCCAUGAAGAAGGCGGCCGGGGAGGUGGACGGGGAGGAGGAGGACCCUGCCGCCUCGCGGCCCGGCGUCACAGUGGUGCGGCUCCAGUACGGCGAGGUCGCCAAGGCGACCACCGUCUUCAUGCUGCCGGUGCUUAGGGAGAUGGACGGCGUCGCGGCCAUGGAGUCGGCACCAUGGCGGACCAAGACGGACGUGGACCUUGGCAUUGUGGAGGUAGACAAGGCAUGGUCGCGGUGGGCUGUGGUGCCCUGUGGCCGAGGCAGUGGAUGA